AUGGCCGAAAUCGAGAAUCACUUCACAGUGUUCAUCCGUCUUCCCUUCAAUCGUGGUGACUUUGUCGACCCUCCCCCUGUGGCCUGGUCCGCCGCCAAAGAGCGAGAACUAUGGAAUGUCAUGUCUCGCCAGUCCAAGAACAAUGAAAUCGACUGGAAGGCUCUGUCGGAGAAAUUUGAAGUGACCCAGACGUUCCUCCUCCAACAAGCUGCAUGGCUCUAUGAGCGACAACUAUCCCAAGUCCGGGCCCAGAUGCGCCGAGUGGGAAAUAGACAAUCCGCCACACCCUCACCGGCUCCAGGAUCAGCUUCAGCCAGCAUGGUGGGUGGCCAGGCGAUGAAGAGAGCCGGCAGUGGUGGAUCACGUGUCCCUUCUCGCUUGUCCACCCAACACCUUGGAAGUCCUGUUGCCGGUGGGGGAGACAGUACGCCGGGGACUCCUGCUAAGAGCAGGACUUCUCUACCAUUUCGGAAUACGUCGGGGGUUGUUGCAACCGCAGGUGGCCCACAAACCAGAGUGGCUCCCGGAGCGACCAGGCCGUUGUCCAGGCAGUCUUCCAAGGAUGCGGAGGCGCCGCAGUCUAGAAGAGGCAGCAUCCAACAUUCUUUGGCAAGAUCACCAGGUCAGACGCGGACUAACCAACCUCAAUCAUCUGACUCGGAAGAUGAAAUGACCCAAUCCCGUAUUAUGGCUCGUCGGCCAAACCCGUCGUCGAUGCACCGACGCGUUCUAUCCUACAGAAAAGAUCUCCAAUCCCAGAAAGGAGCCGCUGGCAAUCUGGACGACAAGAGUCUUGCACAAAAUCCACCUACGCAUGAUGAGGAAGAUGACGAGGAGGACGAGCCAUCUUUUCUACCCUUUGCCAAUCACGCAUCCGAUAACAAGCCUCGGCCAUCAUCAUCCUCCCAACAAGAUCCCAGCGCAACGUUGCGAGGCGGUCUGCAAGGACAGCGCCCUGGCGUCCAGCGUCGCACGACAUCUGAACGCGUAGUCUCGUCUCCAACCAUCGAGCCGCCUACUCCGGUUCAGACGCAACGAAUUCCAUCAACCAUGACAUCCUCGACCUCGUCCCUGUCUUCCCCUACCAACCCUACUGCUGCAAACACAGCCUUGACCCGACCUACGCCUCGACCAGAUGCUCAGCACUCGACUCAAGGUCAUCCACAAACCCAACCGCCCGCCAUUCCCAGGCUCGGCACACCCCUGUCUCCUCCUCACCGUGCUCUCCUACACAACCAAUCCCAAUCGGCAUCAGCAGGCGCCUCCCCUCGCCGCCACGGCACAGGUCCGGGGUCUGACACCUCACCUUCUAUGGGCUCUUCCUUUUCCGACCUGGAUGAUACAAGCGUGACGCAAUCGGCGUUGGAAGAAGCGUUGUUGAGUGGGAUGGGGAAUACCACGAUGACGACGCAGUUUGGGGGAUUUGGGGGGAGGGUCACGAGUGGAAUUGGUCAGGCUUUGAGGUCGAGGUAUUUCGAUGCAAGGGGCGGUGAAGGCCACGGCCGUGGAGGUGGAGGGGGAGCAGGUGGUGCUGCACCUAGUAAUGUGAGCGAGAGAUGA